CAAUUCUGUUUCAUAGUCCCACCGGACUUAAACUACACCGUUCUUCCAUUCCCUCUCUUCCCUUCCUUUCUGCAGAUAAUCCAUCAGUCAGAUCCCGCAGCUCAUUGCACUCAGGCGCCAUUCCCGAGCUCGAAUCCCCCUCGAAUGCGAUCCGGAUUGUGAUUUAGUGAGCUGAUUCGGGAUCCGGGAGGUAUGAGAGUUCAAUCGCCGCCUUCCGCCGCGAAGGGUGGCUACCAGGACGCGGAGUCGCUGUUCCGGUCGAGGCCCAUAUCGGAGAUCCGCAAUGUGGAGGCGACGACUCGGAAGCAGAUCGAGGACAAGAAGGAAGAGCUCCGGCAGCUGGUGGGGAACAGGUACCGUGACCUAAUCGACUCUGCUGACUCGAUCGUCCUCAUGAAGUCCUCCUGCGAGUCCAUUUCCUCUAACAUCUCCUCGAUUCAGGCCUCCAUUAGGUCCCUCUCCGAGACCCCCAAAUCGCAAAACCCUAGCGCCCAGGUCAACCCCGCCCGCUUCACCAUCUACGGCAUUGCCUGCCGCGUUAAGUACUUGGUUGACACGCCCGAGAACAUAUGGGGUUGCCUGGACGAGUCUAUGUUCUUAGAGGCCGCUGCAAGGUACUCACGUGCGAGGCACGUGCACCACAGGCUGCUGCUUGACUAUGGCGGGUCCGGUGACCCCAAGAUCUUGUCGAGGUUCCCUCUCUUGCAGCACCAGUGGCAGAUUGUUGAGAGCUUUAAGGCUCAGAUCUCGCAGCGGUCCCGUGAUAGGCUGUUAGAUAGUGGGGGUCUCAAGGUUGGGGCAUAUGCCGAUGCAUUGGCUGCCGUGGCGGUCAUUGAUGAUCUACAGCCUAGGCAGGUUCUGGCUUUGUUUCUUGAUAGUAGGAAGUCGUGGAUCCUUCAGAAGUUGGGCGCUGGCUUCGUUAAUCCAACUUGUACCGAUGUGGUUUCAGUGUUCUGUCAAGUGCUGAGGGCUAUUCAGGUUACCAUGGGUCAGGUCGGCGAGUUAUUCUUGCAGGUUUUGAACGAUAUGCCCUUGUUUUACAAGGUUAUCCUGAGUUCACCUCCGGCGUCCCAGUUGUUUGGUGGGAUUCCCAACCCUGAUGAGGAGGUGAGGCUGUGGAAAUCUUUUAGGGAUAAGUUAGAAAACUCGAUGAUGCCGCUUGAUAAAGCAUAUAUUGCAAAGACCUGUUUGACUUGGCUUAAGGAGUGUAGACAAGAAAUUGUGAACAGAAUGAAUGGUCAGUACCUAACCGGUGCCAUUAGCAAUGGUAAGGAGAUAGCAUUGGCUGAGAAAUUGAUACGGGAGACAAUGGACAGCAAGGAGGUUCUAGAAGGGAGUUUGGAGUGGCUGAAGAGUGUUUUUGGCUCGGAGAUUGAGUUGCCUUGGAGCAGAAUCAGGGAGCUUGUUUUGGAGGAUGAUUUGGAUCUUUGGGAUGAGAUCUUUGACGAUGCUUUUGUUCAGAGGAUGAAAACAAUAAUUCAAUCUGGAUUCGGGACUUUAGCAAGAGAUUUGCAUGUUGUGGAGUCCAUCCGUGCCAUUGAUAGUUCAUCUGGGGAGCAGAUAGAUUUUAGGGCAUACUUGAGCAGGCCUUCCACUGGCGGUGGUGUUUGGUUCAUAGAAUCUAAUGACAAGAAAGCUGCCAUUUUUCCUACUUCUAAGCCAACAGCAGAAGAGAGCAACUUCCAGAGCUGUCUUACUGCCUAUUUCGGUCCUGAAGUUAAUCGGAUAAGAGAUGCAGUGGAGAAUUGUUGCAGAAGUGUACUUGAGGACUUACUGAGCUUCUUAGAGUCUCCUAAGGCCGCAGCGAGGCUAAAGAAAUUGGCUCAAUAUAUACAGGAGAAGUGCUAUGAUUGCUUAUCAGGCAUCCUCUCUGAACUCAAGAGUGAACUUGAUGACCUGUCCACAUCAAUGAGAAAAGUAAACGGGGAAGAUCAGUCAAUGCCUGCUGCCAUAAUUGUCGAAAGAUCUUUGUUCAUUGGUAGACUCUUGUUUGCCCUCCAGCACCACUCUAGACACAUCCCUAUCGUAUUAGGAUCUCCCAGAUUUUGGGUAAAUGACUCGGUUGCUUCUGUUUUUGACAAGUUACCAUCCCUUUUGAGGUUGUCUGGAGCAGUCGCUGAUUCUCCCAUCAGUGAUAGUCCAAUCAAGCAAACACCCUUGGGCUCUAAAAGACAUACUUCUUUGGCGACUGCUGCAUUGCUUGGAGCUGAAGACAUUGCAAGCCCCAAACUCAAAGAUUUUACUAGCACAACAAGAGAUCUUUGUGUCAGAGCUCACAGCUUGUGGAUAUCGUGGUUAUCUGACGAACUAUCAGCAAUCCUGUCUCGGGAUCUUAAUCAGGAUGAUGGAUUAUCAGCUACAACUGCAUUGAGGGGUUGGGAAGACACAGUUAUCAAACAAGAGCAGUCUGAGGAUGGUGAACCAGAGUUAAAAAUAUCUCUGCCAUCAAUGCCAUCUCUUUAUGUCAUCUCAUUUCUCUUUCGGGCAUGUGAAGAAAUUCAUCGGAUAGGAGGUCAUGUUCUGGACAAGUUAAUUUUGCAAAAAUUCGCGCUGCAGUUGUUGGAAAGGGUACUGGACAUGUAUGGGAAUUACCUUUCUACAAGAGAAGCUACUGGAUCUGAAGUGUCAGAUAAAGGAGCCCUACAAAUAAUGCUAGAUGUGAGAUUUGUUUAUGACAUUCUCUCUGGGGGAAAUUCCAAUGUGAAUGAGGAUUUGCCUAAAAGUUCGAAGCCAAAAUUCUCUUUUAGGCAGAAGCUGGAUCAGAAGCGGAGUGCAACUGGUAUUGGAACCCGUGUUGAUGGUCUAUUAAACCGCCUUUCACAAAGAUUGGAUCCCAUAGACUGGCAGACGUAUGAACCCCACCUCUGGGAGAAUGAGAGGCAAUCAUAUUUACGACAUGCUGUCCUCUUCGGUUUCUUCGUGCAACUUAACCGCAUGUAUAAGGAUACAGUCCAGAAACUACCCACCAAUUCGGAGUCAAAUAUCAUGAGAUGCUCUACCGUUCCACGCUUCAAAUAUCUUCCCAUCAGUGCACCUGCAUUAUCUUCGAGGGGUGCAGCAAAAACAUCCAUUCCAGUCUCUGUGGAUGACCUUACGUCAAGGACUCGACUGAAAGCUUAUGCAAAUGGAGAACUUUCUGGGAACCUCAAUUUGAGCGAUAGCACAAGCUCUGGGAUGGCGGCACCACUCUUAAAGUCCUUUAUGCAGGUUGGGAGCAGAUUUGGAGAGAGCACCUUGAAACUGGGUUCCAUUCUAACAGACGGUCAGGUGGGGAUAUUCAAGGACAGAUCAGCCGCUGCCUUAUCGACCUUCAGUGAUGUUUUGCCUGUGCAGGCUGCUGGUCUUCUUUCCUCCUUCACAGCCACCCGAACAGAUUCUUAAAUGUGAAUAUUCUUUUGUUAGUGUGUCCCCUGUCACUAGAAUUGCGUCUUUCAUCAAUUGCCAUGCAGGAGGUAAUUCAAUGGACAGUUGCGGGCAAUAGCUUAUCAAUACAAAGAUGAAUUGAUGAUUGGGUCACAUGAGUUUUUUGUUUGUAAAAAGAUUUUCAGAAGUGAAAGAGAUGCUUAGCCGAGAUGUUCGAGAACCUCAAGGCCGGAAUCUUUACUCUUUGGUCUUUUUACCCCUUUCCAAUACAUAUGAUUUUGAGAAUGUAAA